AGUGUUGCAACCUCGCGACAUUCAACUCCUGCUACUACAACAACGAAAAUACAGCUGAAGAACAUGGAGAAAAUACAUGAGAACAUUUGACGAAGGACACCAAAAAAUGGCACAGUCUUGCCGAAAAAUGAAGCGACAAAACAUCGACGCAUAUCUGUCACCGACGAAUACGCGAAAUCUCUUGGUUUUCGACGAGGAAUACCAGAAUACGUGAGGAGUUGUGUUCAACACAGUCGCCGAAACUCGAGAAGAAAGACGUGAAAAUGGCUACGGUUGUUGGUUCCCAGACUAGCUCUGAGCGGACGGCGAUGGAAAGGUUUGGCAGCGGAGGGAUGGCUAUUCUGCCGUGGACUAAACAGAUGCUCACCGUGCUGUGGGAACAGCUUCGGUUGCUGGUUCAAGUCAUUUACUACACUUUCCUGUCAGUUUUCCAAAUGUUCAGGUUUGAGGUUCACGUGAGAAUCACAGACGAGACUGGUCAGCAUAUCCAGCACAUGACCACAGCCACAAACCCAACAGAAUCAUUCCUCUUCACCUCUUUGUUUGAGGGAGACAACAUGGUUGGUGGUUCAAAUCCCCUCUCCAACUUCUGUGCAGACGUUGGUGACCCGUUUGCUGGGAAAUCCACUGCUGAGGCCUUGCUGUCCAGUCUCCGUGCUGACGACCUGUGUUGCGGGCUUGUGGAUGAGUUUGUGUCCAGAACAGCUGGCAACGAAGAGGGCAUCUUUCUGGGACACCAAUCUGGCUGGAAAAUGGGCUUCCCUGGCGACUGGAACUUCUUUGUGUCGAGCGGCGAGGACUCGGGUUCAAACGACACCUGCCAAAAAAAUAGUGAGGAAGACCUCAAAUGGGAUAUUUCCAAGGAAAAAGUUUUCAAGCAGGACACAUCAGAAGAAGAUAGAAACUCUCACUGGAGCAGUGAGGAAGACCAGAACACAGUAGAAUUUGAGAGUGACGAAAGUAAAGCACUUUGGGAAUCUCUGUCAAAAUCCAGUGAUCCUUACAACCCUUUCUUUUUCUCCGCCUGCAUUUCAACUAACACAGAUAUGGGCAAAAGAAAAAGUGAAGUAAAAGACUGUAGCGACACCGACCUCAUGUCCGUAAGCAAGGCCAGUGAGGAAAUGAUGGGGUCUCAGGGCCUAAAGAACUGGGUCUGUCGCUCCGACAGCGAAAGCAGUUGGAGCAGUUGGGCCAGUUCGGAUGGUUCGAGCCCUGACAUCGACAAGGAGGAAAGUGAGAGGCUGUGGGACUUCUUCAGCAGUCCUGAAGACCCUUACAAUCCCAUGUGUUUCACUGCAUGCACAAUCAGCAGCACAGCUCCCCAAGCCACCAUGUUAUCUAAUUGCGAAACCCCAAAAUCUGACACAGACACAGAGGAGAAGGAGAGCACCAUCCCCCCUUCAUCCGAAGAGGAUGAAGAAUCACUGUGGAAAUCUCUCUGCCUAAAGGAUGACCCUUACCACCCUUUGAACUUCCAGGCACCCCUUCAGACCUCUCCAAAACGAACACUCCUGCAAGACGAUGAUUCAGAUAUUCUUAAUGUUCACCACACACCAAAUUCAUCCACAAAAGCAAAGAAAUGGGCAAAAGCACCCCAGAAGCCUGUGCUGCCAGAGAGACAGACAAAGCAUCACUCCCAUCCAGAGACUAUACUAGUGCCCUGGAAAAGAUCUGGACAAACACCCACACCAACUUCAGAGAUGAAAGAAAGCAAGGCUGACACCACCCAGAAGAAGGUUCGAUUUUCUCCUGUUGUCAAACUCCAUGUCCUGCGGACCUGGCCGUUUGCGCGGCAGGCGUCUCGUAAAGGACACUGGGAAGAGAUGGCACGAGACCGUGACCGCUUCCGGAGGCGAAUUGAUAAAUUGGAGCAGGUCAUUGGCCACUGUUUCACCCAGACCCACAGAGAGAACAUGCGGGCCUACCUGGACAGUGCCUUGAAAAAAACACAAGGGUCCUGAACACUGACUGCUUCAUUUCCUUUUAGGAUGAGAACUUGUGAUUGGUUGCAAUGCAACAGUGAUUUUUGAUUUAGGCCAAUUAGAAUUUUGAUGUUAGGCCAACGUAAAAUGUUUGGUGUCGAGUUGAACAACUUUGUACCUCAGAUGGUUUUAUACAUUGUGUAACUGUUGCACUGACUGACACUUUCUCAUUUUAAGCUCAGCGUUACUGUGUGGAAUGUUGUUUUUGUAUGCCUUAUAUAAUGACCUAGUAAUGUAACUUAUUGGUGAAGUUUGCCAUUUAUUUUUACCUUUGCUUUCAGCAGUUUUUAUGUGUGAAGAAACCACAGUCGUGACUCUAGAAAAAAGUAGAAAAGGAUAUCACAAAAAAAGCAGAGCUUUAUAUUGCAAAGUGUUUUGAGAAGUUUUGUUAAGCAUGAUGGAUACGCGUCAGGUUCUGGUGCAAUUCUUGUCUUACUGUCUUACAACUUUAGGAUUUGAUAUUUAAGUCUUUGUCUUGUAUUUUCUUAUAUUCCUGCACAUAAAUGGCAGCUUUUUAGUGCUGAUUGUGAAGAUGGGCGUUUAUCUGAUUGUAUUUGCUGCAUAACACUUUGUCCUCUGUGACUCACUCAGCUUGUCACAAUAACAUUGUGUGGCCAGACUGUCCCGAGCAAAUUGAUCAUUAGGUGCUCUGAAUCAAUAAAAUUUGUUACAUUGUAA